AUGAAUUUCUUGAUGCGUUCAUCAACACACGUACAUUCAGAUAAAGAUAAAGAUAAAGAUGAUAAACAUUCAUCGAUUCCGGGGCCUCGUGGUGAUGCGCUUCCGCUUCCGCUUCCGCCUCCUUCUACUACUCCUCGUCCGGUUCAAGGCUCUCAUCACUCUUUGGAGAGUUUGUUGUCGGAGGAUCCGUAUGCGAGGUAUGGUACCACGGUGGAGCAGUUUGAGGGAGAGAUUGAUGGGGAGAAUGGAGUUUGUGAUUUGAAAAAUGAUGCCAGUUUGUUGGCUAAGCAUUUGGAUGUGGCGGAAGAAGAAGGAUGGAUUGCUAUUCCUUAUAAAGAGCUUCCUGAAGACUGGAAUCACGUAUCAGAUAUCCAGUCCCUGCGUCCUCUAGAUCGUUCCUUUCUCUUUCCUGGUGAACAAGUUCAUAUUGUGGCAUGCUUGUCCUCAUGUAAGCAGGACACGGAAAUUAUCACCCCCUUUAAAGUUGCUGCCGUGAUGAGUAAGAAUGGCAUAGGUCACAGCCCUAACAAAGAAAACGGGAACAUCGAGCACAGAAAUAACUCAGUAGCUGGAGAAGAGCAACUUAGUCCUAGUGGUCAAGAUGAGAACAAGGAAACGCUGCCAAAGGCAAAGGCUGAUCACCCAGCAGAUGUUUCUUCUGGUGAGUCCCUUCUAAGAAUGGAGGUUCAUAAAAGACAGACUGCAUCGUUGUUGGACAAAUUCAAGAGUUCACACUUUUUUGUGAGGAUUUGUGAGUCUGAUGAGCCACUUUGGUCUAAACAUGGUUCUUCAAAAAAGUCCAUCUUCUCUGAGACAAAUGGCCAAAAGAUCUCAUCAAUUGAAGUGAAAGACACUGUGAAACAUGAGUCUUCUAUUAGUGCAGUUAUUGAUAGAGCAAAUUUUGAUGCAACUAUUUCUGGUGGAGUGGCGAGAAAUUCUGUAAAGUGUUGUGCCCUACCUAAUGGAGACAUAGUGGUUCUUUUGCAGGUGAAUGUUGGUGUUAAUUUUCUUAGAGACCCAUGUAUAGAAAUUCUCCAAUAUGAAAAAUAUGAAGGGAAAAUAUUGUCUUCUGAGAACCAGGGCAAUUCACUUUAUACAAAUCAGGAUCCAUGUGGAGACCUCUUGAAAUGGAUACUUCCAUUAGAUAACAUUCUUCCCUCUGGUUCUCGCCCAGUAUCUCCUUCUCUUUUGCCUACAAACUCCGGAGCCAGUAGCACCUCUCAGCGGUACAAUUCUUCACCCUCAUCUGGCCCUCAGAUAUUUUCUUUUGGCAGCCAUUUUAGAAGUUAUUCCAUGUCAUCAUUACCUCAAAAUACUAUUCCGCCGCCUGGUCCUUUGAAAGCAGCUAGUUCGAAGCCAGAUUUUGACAUUGAUGAGUGGGACCAGAUCUCAUCUCAGAAGUUUAUAAGGAAAAAAAAUGAGGCUGAAGAACUUUUAUCUUUUCGAGGUGUCUCAUUGGAGCGAGAAAGAUUUUCUGUUUGUUGUGGAUUGCAAGGUAUCUAUACCCCAGGAAGAAGGUGGAGAAGGAACCUUGAAAUAAUACAACCUGUAGAGAUUCAUUCUUUUGCUGCUGACUGCAAUUCAGAGGAUCUUCUGUGCGUUCAAAUAAAGAAUGUUGCUCCUCUACAUGCUCCGGAUAUUGUCAUAUUUAUUGAUGCCAUUACAAUUAUAUUUGAAGAAGCAACAAAAGCUGGACCGCCGUCAUCAUUACCAUUUGCAUGUAUUGAAGCUGGAAACGACCAUUCUUUACCAAAUUUAUCCCUCAGGAGAGGUGAGGAGCACUCUUUCAUCCUUAAACCUGCAACAUCUGUUUGUAAUCAUCUAAAGGUUCCGGAUGAAAGUCCCCACUUUUCAAAGUUGCAAUCUGGAAGCUCGGCAUCAAAAUUAAGUUUUUCUUCCAAUAAUAGUCUUGACAGAAGUAAGAUUUCUACAGUUGACGAUCAGUAUGCAGUUAUGGUGUCAUGUCGAUGCAAUUAUACAACAUCGAAAUUAUUCUUUAAACAACCAACCAGUUGGCGCCCACGUAUGUCGAGGGAUAUUAUGAUUUCUGUUGCAUCUGAGACAUCAGGAGAGUCUCCAGGACCUUCUGAAAGAAAUUCUCAACUUGCUGUGCAGGUUUUAACUCUUCAAGCUUCGAAUUUGACAUCUGAGGAUCUAACACUGACAGUGCUUGCUCCAGCAUCUUUUAUUUCACCCCCUUCAGUGGUCUCACUGAGUUCACCAGCCACUCCAUCAAGUCCUUUUAUUGGUUUCACAGAAUUUUUGGGAAGAAUAAAUGACGAUGGCAGAUCUCAAACAGAUUCUAAGAAUGAUGUCAUCCCUAAUUCUGUCGUGAGUUGUACUCAUCUGUGGCUCCAGAGUAGAGUUCCACUGGGAUGUAUCCCAUCUCAAUCCACUUCUACUAUUAAGCUUGAGCUACUCCCGUUGACUGAUGGCACAAUCAGGCUUGACUCUUUGCAAAUUGAUGUCAAAGAAAAAGGUGUUACCUACAUCCCUGAGCGCACACUAAAGAUAAAUGCAACUUCUAGCAUUUCUAAGGGGAUUAUUUAG